UUUUUUAAGUCGGCGCCGACAAAACUUAAAAUUUCAGUUUUUUGGGCAAAUUUGGAAGACGAACGCCUAAAAAGCUCAGAUAAUAAUCCAAAUAAGAACAAAUUGAAGUCCGCAAACAAGUCUUGCAAUACGAACAAGACAACGCGCAAGUCGCAGAGGAGAUCGCCAAUAUGCCGUUGCCCAGCGGUUCCUUCUCCCAAAGUGGACCCACAUGCUUUGACAAAAUGAAGACUGGCUUCACCAUUGGCUUCUGUGUGGGAAUGGCCAGCGGUGCUCUAUUUGGCGGCUUCUCGGCACUCAGAUAUGGACUACGUGGACGCGAGCUAAUAAACAAUGUGGGCAAAGUAAUGAUCCAAGGAGGCGGCACUUUUGGCACCUUUAUGGCCAUCGGCACUGGCAUACGUUGCUGAGAGCUACCUGACCCGGAUUGCAUUUUGAUUGAUAAUAAUUACACUUCUCCCGUAUCCCCAAACCCUCAACAUAAGCUAAGUUUUUAAGUUAUCUUAAAAUGAAUGAAUGCUUUAAAAAUUUACGCUAUGUAUAAGUUAUUGCAAUAGAAGAGUUGUUAAGCCAAAUCCAA